CUGCUGAUCCUCCGGCGGCAGAUUCGCUGUUGGUUUGCCAUCUUGUUAUGGUUCUCGCUGCGGACCAGUCAAAGUGAAUAUGGAGUUUAUAUGAUGAAUAUGAAGAGUACAUGAUGAAUAUCUGCGGAUAUGUCUGUAGGCGUGUGUCGUGUCAAUCCACAGCAGCAGCUGAACACACUCCAUGAGGUUUAGAUCCGGUUCCUUGGGUCUGGUUUUGGUUUAUAGCUAACAGCUAACAGCUCAACUCUGCGUUUAUUGUAUUUCAUGUGUGAAUUCAAAUGCACUGAGAUCAAAUCCAGCUCAUGAUGGCGGAAGAUAUUCAGCACAAUCAGAAAUCAAACUUUAACGGACUCACCAAAUCAGCCAAAUCAGGAGCGUCUAAGAAACUCAUCAUAAAGAACUUUAAAGACAGACCAAAACUAACAGACUCCUACACUGAAGACACAUGGAUGAAGCUCAGAGAUGCUGUCAGCGCUAUUCAGAACAGCACUUCAAUCAAAUAUAACCUGGAGGAGCUUUACCAGGCCGUGGAGAAUCUGUGUUCGUAUAAAGUAUCACCUGUGUUAUACAAGCAGCUGCGUCAAGUGUGUGAAGAUCACGUUCAAGCUCAGAUCCAUCAGUUCAGGGAAGAGUCACUGGACAGCCUGUCAUUCCUGAAGAGGAUGAACCGCUGCUGGCAGGACCACUGCAGUCAAACGAUCAUGAUCCGCAGUAUUUUCCUCUUCCUGGACCGGACAUACAUCCUCCAGAACUCACUGCUGCCGUCCAUCUGGGACACGGGGCUGGAGUUGUUCCGGACGCACAUUGUGAGCGACGGUGCCGUUCAAAGCCGGACAGUGGAGGGAAUCCUGGAGCAGAUUGAGCGUGAGCGUAACGGAGAGACAGUGGACCGCAGUCUGCUGAGGAGCUUACUGGGCAUGCUCUCAGACCUGCAGGUGUAUAAGGACUCAUUCGAGCAGAGGUUUUUAACAGAGACGAACCGUCUGUACGCAGCUGAGGGUCAGAGGCUCAUGCAGGAGAGAGAUGUUCCUGAGUACCUUCAUCAUGUGGCGCGGCGUCUGGAGGAAGAGAAUGACCGUGUCAUCAGUUAUUUAGAUCAGAGCACGCAGAAGCCACUCAUCACCACAGUGGAGAAGCAGCUGCUGGGCGAACAUAUGAAUGCCAUUCUGCAGAAAGGUCUGUGGAUGCUGCUGGAUGAGAACCGUGUGUGUGAGCUGAUGCUGCUCUAUGAGCUCUUAAAUAAAGUCAAAGGAGGGCUGACGGCGCUGCUGCAGGCCUGGAGAGACUACAUUAAGAGUUUUGGUGGAGAGAUCGUGAGUUCUCCAGAGAAGGAUAAAGAGAUGGUUCAGGAGCUGCUGGACUUCAAGGACAAGAUGGACCACGUGACCCAGCGCUGCUUCCAGAGGAACGACACUUUCAUCAAUGCCAUGAAGGAAGCCUUCGAGAGCUUCAUCAACAAGAGACCUAACAAACCUGCCGAGCUCAUUGCUAAGUAUGUGGAUUCUAAACUGCGCGCUGGAAAUAAGGAGGCCACAGAGGAGGAGCUGGAGAGAAUUCUGGACAAGAUCAUGAUCAUCUUCCGGUUCAUCCAUGGAAAGGACGUGUUUGAGGCUUUCUAUAAAAAGGAUCUGGCCAAGCGUCUGCUGGUGGGCAAGAGCGCCUCGGUGGAUGCUGAGAAGUCCAUGCUGUCCAAACUCAAACAUGAGUGUGGAGCAGCGUUCACCAGUAAACUAGAGGGGAUGUUCAAAGACAUGGAGCUCUCCAAAGACAUCAUGAUCCAGUUCAAACAGGAUUUAAAGCCAGAUUUAAGCCUGAUUUGCAAGUUAACGAGCUUGCUAACUGGCCGGGUUGUGAUCGGGGGAAAAUGCAAUCUUUUGUGGCUAAUGCGGACACACAAUGCCCUGUCUGAUAAAUGUGUGUAUGUGUUUCAGAUGGUGAAGCUUCAGGAAGUGUUUAAGCUAUUCUAUCUGGGGAAGCACAGCGGGCGUAAACUGCAGUGGCAGCCCACAUUGGGUCAUGCAGUCCUGAAGACUGAGUUUAAAGAGGGUAAGAAGGAGCUGCAGGUGUCUCUGUUUCAGACUCUCGUCCUGCUAAUGUUUAAUGAGUCUGACGAGUGUUCAGUGGAGGAGAUCCGCGCAGCCACAGGCAUCGAGGACGGUGAGCUCAAGCGCACGCUUCAGUCUCUGGCCUGUGGGAAAGCGCGAGUGCUGAAUAAAAUGCCACGCGGGAAAGACGUGGAGGAUGCCGACCGCUUCCACUUCAACAGCGACUUCAGACACAAACUCUUCCGCAUCAAAAUCAACCAGAUCCAGAUGAAGGAGACGGUGGAGGAGCAGGUGAGCACAACCGAGCGCGUGUUUCAGGAUCGUCAGUAUCAGAUCGACGCGGCGGUGGUGAGGAUCAUGAAGAUGAGGAAGACUCUGAGCCACAACCUGCUGGUGUCUGAACUCUACAACCAGCUCAAGUUCCCCGUCAAGCCGGCCGAUCUGAAGAAGCGCAUCGAGUCACUGAUCGACCGUGAUUAUAUGGAGCGCGACAAAGAAAACCCAAACCAGUACCACUAUGUGGCGUAAGAGCGGCUCUGAGGCUGUGACCCUUGACCUCUCACCCUCCACACAAGGGCUUUUGGGCCGGAUGGGACAUGUGAUGCCGUAAAUCCCUUGUGACCCUACAAACGCUGUAGGAUGAUUUUAGCAUGAUUGCGAAUGAUUUUCACUAAAGAUGCACUUUUCUUUGACGACUCUGUGUUCGUUGUUAUUGAGUUUAGCGUGUAGCUUGUCUGCUGUAGCAUCACAAGUGUGUGUGCGUGUGUGUUUCUUCCUCCCUGAUGCCAGAAUCGUGUUGAUGUGAGGCGUGUUACGAGUGAUGUUGACACUUUUGGCGUUUACCCGCUCAGGCAAUGGAAAUCACAUACACACACAAGUGUAAGAGUGUGUGUGUGUGUGUGUGUCUGAGAUCUGUCACUCAUCACCUGUAUUCUGUCACAUAUACAGUUUUGUAGAACAGAAGAUUCUAUUCUUUGUAAGCGGGCAAAGAUAUAAAACAAUAAAUCAUAUUUAAGA